GCGGGGCGACGCAACCGGCAGUGGGCAUGCGCGCGGCGGGCGGGCAUGCUCAGUACUCAGGCCUCGGUGAGCGGGGAGGUUGCUCGGCUGCGGAGCAGCGCAAUGGCAUCCCAAAAGAAGUUGCAGGGUCUUGUAGCAGCUACAGUCACUCCAUUGACUUCAGAUGGAAAAAUUAACCUGUCUGUGAUUGGUCAGUAUGUGGAUUACCUGGUAGAUAAGCAGGGAGUGAAAAAUGUUUUUGUGAAUGGCACAACAGGAGAAGGGCUGGCGCUGAGCUCCCAGGAGAGGAAGCAGCUGGCAGAAGAAUGGGUGAAUCAAGGGAAAAAAAAGUUGGAACAUGUGAUCAUUCACGUGGGAGCAUUAAGUCUACCAGAGUCAAAAGAACUGGCCAGACAUGCAGCUGAAAUAGGAGCCAGUGGCAUCUCUGCAAUAGCCCCCUUUUUUUUUAAACCUACAAACAAAGGUGCCCUGGUUGCUUUCUUAAGGGAAGUUGCAUCGGAAGCCCCUCACAUUCCAUUUUAUUACUAUCACAUUCCUCCUUUAACAGGUGUAAAGAUUUGUAUUGAGGACCUGUUGGAUGGAAUAAAAAAGCAGAUCCCCACCUUCCAAGGCGUGAAAUACAGUGACACAGACCUCUUGGACUUUGCACAGUGUAUGGACAAGUAUAACAAGGAGCAAUUUCUGUUACUCUACGGGGUAGAUGAGCAACUGUUAAGUGCUCUGGCAGUGGGAGCAACUGGAGCAGUUGGAAGCACGUACAACUACUUGGGCCAAGCAAACAAUAUGAUGUUCCAGGCUUAUGCAAAUCAGGACUUUGCCUUAGCUAGGAAGUAUCAGUUCUGUAUUGGGGAAUUCCUAAGCUUUGUAUUCAAACUAGGUUUUGGUGUUGCACAAACUAAAGCGAUCAUGACUUCCUUGUCUGGCAUUCCAAUGGGUCCCCCACGACUUCCACUCAUGAGUGCCUCUGAAGAGUUUAUCACCAAAGCAAAAGCCAAACUGGACAGCCUACCAUUCCUCACCACUUACCCAGCCAAGUGAUUUGACAUUAAUGUGGAUUUGGAGGUUUGGGGCCUUCCUCCACUGUUGUGAUCCACCUGAAUGUCCCUGCUGGAACACACCGACUUUUUCAGGGAAUUUGACUUCCUGUCAGGGGUGGCCUUUGGUGGUCUAUAACUAACUUUCUUUCUCUUAGCUUUAUGUGGAAGGGAAACUGUAUAGUAGUUGCCUUUGCACCACAGGUCCACUAGAAUGUUUUCCUAGGACCAGAGUUGGAAGAAUCUGGCUUUUCCUAAACAGAGGAGAAACAUUCCUUGCUGGAACUCCUGAGUUUCUCUGGACCGGGAAGAGAACUAUCUCCAUAUCGCCAUCUACCAGAAUUCCCUCCAGCUUUGCAUUUCCUGUGUUUAUCCUUUCAUUAGCAUCUUCCGUACCAUAUCCUCUUUUCAAUGUAAUGCUAUUCUGCUGCCUAGCUUGGUAUUUUAAUGCACUCAUUUUUUAUAUAAACCUAAAAAACCCAUGACUGCGCACUGGUAAGGAAACCAGGGAGUAUUUUUGAAAGCUUAAUUUCUAUUUUUGUAGGUUUCCUUCCCCUUAGUUUUUGCACUCUUUCAUCUAACAAAAUAUUUGAAGAUUUAUUUUUGUGACAGGAAGCACUUUCAGCCCUCUGAUGCAGGGGUCGGCAACCUACAGCCUGUGGACUGGAUCCAGUUUAUGGAACCUUUGGAUCCAGCCUGUGGAUGUGGGACUUCAGCAGCAUUUGGUGGUGGGGAGCUUUGACUGUGGACAAUCUCCCUAUGUCACUCUGGAGAUGAGCACUGAUUGCAGGGUGCUCCACCUGUGCUGCUGUGGAGACAAGUGGCAGUGGCAGCAGGGUCCUAGCACCUACCCAUCUGAUUUUGACUCAGGGUGGUUAUUCUAGCCUGCAGCUGGAAGAGGUUGCCUACUAGGGCUGUGUGAAGCUUCAGUAACUGAUUUGAUUCGGCCCGAUUUGGCAGCCGAAUCUCCAAAUCUGAAUCGAAUCGGGAGGCCCAUUAAAAGGUCCAAAUUGUAUUGGCGAGAUUUGGAGAUUUGGAAGGCUUGCAGUUUUUGUGAUAUGAGUUUUGCUUUCAACAGUUUUGAGGUGCACUUUCACAGAUACCCUUGCACCUAUCUCCUUGAAACUUGGCAGGCUCCGUGCCCUAAGAGCUGCUAGCAUCCCUGCUGUUUUCAUCCAAAUAUGUAAAAUAAUUACAAAGUUAUAGGUAUUUUAGUGAUUUCCCAUUAUAGUCUAACAGAGCAAGGAAUAGCCCAAUUCCUUUGUUGCUACAGAGUUGCGAGUACAGGGGGAAGUUGGGUCAGGGACAGGGCAAGGAUAAUUACUUAAUAGACACAGUUGGGAGAGGGAUCGCAUCAGAGAGGUAUUUCACCUGAUUAAGGGCCAGCAACUACUAAAGACCACAGCCAGAGGGCUAUUCUUUUCCCCCUGGGGCAGAGCAUGAGAAGAAUCUGUGGGGAAAGCCAGGAGCAGCAAACCCAGUGCUGGAGCAGAUUGCUGAUUAGACCGGCUGACCAGGUGAAGGUAACCAUGGCAGCCAGCAAAACAAAGAGGUGAGAGAGGGGAGACGUUUACCAGGUGGAUCCUCAGGUGGAGAGACAGUCCCACGGAGGAAGAAUCCACUGAUACCUGCAAGCAGGGUUGUCCCUGGAGGGGGGGGGCGCACAAAUUGGGGAGAUUGCCCCAGGCCCUGCACUUUGGAGGGCCCUGCAGACAGUGCCUGCUGCAGUUGCUGUGCACUGCCAGCUCCGCCAUGGCAGCUGCACACCACCAUCCCCCUGCUUCAGCUGCUGGCCACCCCCCACUCCCCCCCAACCUCCUACUUACCACCCCCCAGCCCCGCACACCCCUAGGGAUGUCUCUGCCUACAAGGGAAAGAGAGAGAGAGAAACUGGAGGUGAGCUGACAGGCUUAGGGGGAGUGGGUUGCACUGUGGUGAAGGGAGAAGGAAGACUGCAGGCUGUGAUAAUGGCUGGGAUUACCCAGAUCCUGCUGGGAAUUCACUAAUAAACCAAUUUACUUUUAUGCUGCUUCUGAGGUGAAUUACUAUGCCCUCUUUUGCUGGGGAAUUAACUUCUUAUUUUCCCAUUUACAUCAAGGCAUGGGAGGUGAGUUGCAGGGAGGGAGAUUUUGUUAGUCAAUCCCACCUGGCCACAUAGUCUACGGCCGAAUCUCUGAAUCAGCAUCGAAUCUCUGAAUCCGAAUCACUGUCCCUCCGAAUCAGCUGAAUCUGAAUUCAAGUGAAUACUUGCUGCUUUGCACAUGCCUAUUGCCUACCCCUGCUCUAAUGAUUGAAUAUGCUGCCCUCUUCCUUUCUUCCAGUACAUACUAGCCAAAGCAGCCAUGGAGUUGCAGCAGGAAUUGACCCAGGGGUUUCUAUAAAGCAGUAGAGAGCACUACCACUAAGUUUUUUUGAGAAUGUCAUGUAUUUUAAGGUUAAGGAGUUCCAUUAUACAUACUGGACCUAAUUCUCCACUGCCUUUUACCUUGCGUAGUUAUGUAUACUAUGAUAAAGCACUAUGGUAAAGUUUAAUGUAAAGUGCUAUCCAUCUCUGUGUACAAGAAUUCUGGCAGCAUUUUUCACAUUUCCUUGACUUGGUCUUCUUUGGGUGUAAGUCUUGCUUUCUAAUUGCAGAACACAAACUUAGAAGCCAAGGUAGAGUUAGAUGGUUGACUAGACUUUUCCAAAGAUGUAUAAGAAAUUUAAAUAAGCUUUCUUUUCAGUCAGACAUGGAAAGGGAGAUGAUCUCCCCAUCAGCCAAUGAGUAUGUGCAUCUGCACCGAGUUCUUGUGCUACCAUUCCUUUGAGAGAGACUGCAGAGCGCCAGCCUUCCAGGGUUCUAGGUAGAAGUAUGCCCAUGUACACUCCCAGCCAGAGCUAUUCUAGGAAAAUUUCUAGAAUGUUUUCCCCAAGGCUUUUAUUUUGUUACUUUUAGGAUUAUUUCUAAUGAGAAUGAAAUCUUGUUACUGCUGUUCUAAUGAUGUUUACAAAACAAGACACUUUUUAAAUAAUAGGUAAUAUAGAAAUAACCUAUCUAAAUAUGUGAUCUUCAAAUGAGUAACUUCUAUUUGUUUUGAUAAUCAACAAAGCUACCAAAUUAUUAAACUGGGUUUCUUCAUGAA